CCAACCCCUCCUCCUAGUUGGGUUGGGUUUUUUGGUUGUUGUUCUCCCUCCCCUCCUUCUCCCCCAAUCUCAGAUGAGAGUGGGUAGGGUGGAAAUUGCCACUGCUUUCAUCCCUGGAGAUCCUCUUCCUCACACCUCUCCUCUCUGACCUCCACACAGGCAGCAGCCCCGAGGACAUGGACAGACUCUAUUUUGGUGGUGGUCCCAAGGGGGACGAUGACAGAUUCACCUAUGACUAUGACACCGUCCGAAACGGAGGCCUGAUUUUUGCUGGCUUGGCAUUCAUCGUGGGGCUGAUCAUCAUCCUAGGCAAAAGACUUCGCUGUGGGGGCAAGAAGAAACGCCGGCAAAUCAAUGAAGAUGAACUUUAACUCCAGGGCCAGUCACAUCCACGCUUGCAGGUUCUGCAAUUGGUUUCCUUUUACAAGGUUGCUGUGUCUAUUCUGGAACCUGCCUCCGUGUCCUGCUAUCAUUUAUGCCUUUGCUACUGGAACUUUCCCCCAAGGCCAAGACUGGUUUGGGCUCUGUGGUCUGCAUCCCCCGUCUCCCUCCCUUCUUCCCUCCACAGCCCUCUUUGAAUUAACAAUAAAGCUGGCUCUUGAGAGGA